CCAUGGUAAUUCAUCUCUGUCCAUUUGCUAGCGAUUCGGGGUUGGUCUGAAUUGUUUUAUAAAGAAUAGGAGUUAUAGGACUACAAAAAAUUUGACUUCCGCUUGUUGGUGACAAAUUGCGUAGCAAAAUAACAAAUAUACACCGCAUGAUAUCACAUAUAUAUCGCAAGCGGAACUGGGAAUUGAUCAAGUAUACAUAACAAGUUAAAAGCAAUGAAGACGAAGUGGCUCUUUAAUUCACUCUCAAAAAUGAUUAUUUUGUUCACAAUGUCGGUAAUAUCAAUAUUCUAUCAAGCUGAAGGUCAAAAUAUAAGUAUAAUAAGAGGGGAAAACGAUAUUUUUACGAAUCCUGCUGCCAAUGUUAGCUGUAAUUCCACCAAGGCUGUUUGCUUUGACAGGAAUUGCACAUAUUGUAAAUGUGAAAAGACAUGUCACUCUUUUGUACAAUCAAGAGGCACUUAUGGGGAGUGUGUACCAAACGAAUACUUGGUUUACGUUACAUCAUAUAAUUCAUCCUUCCUUGUGCAAGACACCACGAAUAAAUUAUGUUUGUAUCAUUAUAGACCAUCUAAAAUCAGAUAUGUCAUAGCAACCAAGUGCGAAAAUAAUGCUGGGAGACGCUGGUUUUGGACAAAAAAUGGACAACUUUUGAAUUUAGAAAGGCUUGAAUGUAUCAGCGUCGGCCAAAUCGCCAACUACCUCAUACUUACGCAAUGCGACGUACAAAAGAAAAGGCAAAUAUGGACUUGCAGGAAAAAUUAUCCGUAUUUUCUUUGGCAACAAAAAUCGCGGGGGUACUUGCACUAUGAAUACCCCGAAAGAUAUAAGUUUUAUUAUGUACUUAGCCGCGCAGAGAGAGCUGGAAUUCUUAAAUGGAAACGGUAUGGUUUAAACCGAACAAUAUGUUCAAUAGCUGUUGGAUGUGAAAUCUUCCAUGAUGGUUCAUCCAUGCUUAUUUUAAAUACAACACGGAAUUGUGAACGGAAAGCAGAAUGUUUGCAUGGGGGGAAAGAAAUAGAUAUUUCCGAUGCUGCUGAGUGUUCUCUUCUGCCAAAUGAAGGACAGUACUUACACAAAGAUCAAUGGAAAUCAUUGCUGGUGGAAAAUGAACCUUUCAAAAUAGAAACGAGCAAAACCAAAACGUCAUUUAAGUGGGAUUUACUGCAAACACCAGAAAGUUGGAAAGGAAUAAUUGUUAAAGUACAGUUUCAAUGCAAAGUUGGUGGAGAUAAAGAAAAUGAAACAAGAGUCUACUGUGUCUUGAUUAAAUACACAGGACUUUUUACUGGCUUUGAAAAACAAGACGGAAAGAAUGAUCAUCGUGAGGAAAACAAAUCUCGCACUAAUGUUAUAAUCGUAUCUAUCUUGGUAAUUACUCUUUUUGUUGUUAUUGGACUGGUCGUGUACCUUGGAUACAGAAACAAAAACAGAUUGGUCACCUUAUGCAGAAACAUACAAAAACCUGCCACAGAUGUAACAAGAAACACAUCUCCCGGACAAAAGUCUGGUAUUUCAAACAACCCGAUCUACAACUCCAGCGACAAUUAUAAACAUUCAGCCCAAAAUGAUUGUGAACUGUACGAGACAACUGAUGCUGAGCAUGUGUAUUCGUAUGCUAAUUCUGAUCAUGAACCCGACGAGCAACUGCAGCCAAACUUAACAAAUGAUUAUGCUCUACCCGAUGACCACACGAGAAUCGGUCAGCAGAAAAUCGCGCGAGAAGAUGAAGAGGAGAAGAAAGCGGCCCAAAGUGGAGCAGAACUAAACAAUACGAACCAGUCAUCACCUGUGUAUCACGUUCUUGAAAAAAAGAUCUAAACCUGCAUAUAUCUUAACCUAAUUGAAACUGCCCUGUGAUUCUAUUGACAUCAUUAAAAGGUGGGCAGACCUGGAACAAUACAUAUAUUCAACCGUGAAUUGUUCAUUUUCAGUUCACUUAA